UUAUUAUUAUUUAUUUAUGACCACUGAGAUUUUCUGCCAGUUGGAGGUGUUUAUGUUACUAUACAAUAAUAUUUCCAUACAUGAUCAAGUUCAGUUGACCUGGAAAAUGUAUGGUUUUUAUUAAAUAUUUUGAUUUGUUUGCUAUGCAGAAAUCAAAUAAAUUCAUGUUGCCACACCCUCACACCAGGAUUGCCAAUCACAGGGUUUAUGUGAAUACUGUCAAAUCAUUGGCAUGUAGGUAAGACCACAUGACUUCAUUUCACAGGGUAGGAAAUGUAAAGAGUAUUAAAAGCUGUUCAGGUAAAUGCAGGUAGGGGGGAGGAGGACUACACAGAAAGGUGAAACGUAUUGCAUUUGUGGAGUGGUGUGAAGUGCAACAUUGUACAAUAUAUUCAGGGUUACUCAGAUGCUUUAAGAUUAAUUUGUGUCAGCAUGAAAAAUGUAUCUGAAGUGACAUCUUUUCAUCUGUCUGAAUACUAUGGAAUGGAGGACCUGAAGCCAAUGUAUUUCUGCAUGUUUCUGAUGAUAUACAUAACAACUGUUGCUGAAAAUGUAGCAUUAAUCAGUGUGAUCUAUCGUGAAAAAAGCCUGCAUGAGCCAAUGUAUUUGUUGCUGUGUAACUUGGCUGUGAAUGGUCUGUUUGGAAGCACUUCUCUGCUGCCAGCAGUACUAAGCAACAUACUGUCACACUCAUAUGAGAUAUCUCUACCGGUUUGCCAGACACAGAUCUAUGCUAUACACACAUAUGCCAUCACUGAAUUCACAAUUCUAGCAGUGAUGAGUUAUGACAGGUAUGUGGCCAUUUGUUAUCCGCUGUAUUAUCAUGUACUCAUGUCACAGAGAGUUGUUAAACUUAUUGUUUUUACGUGGCUUUACCCCAUGCUGGCAUUUCUCAUUGUUUUAAUUUUCACUCUUCAGCUGCGGUUUUGUGAGAGAACCAUAGAAAAGGUGUACUGUAUGAAUUACUUACUGGUGAAACUUGCCUGUACAGAUACAGCUAUUGUUAACAUAGUGGGCCUACUAUCCGUAGCCCUGUAUAUACUUCCACAGCUUAUCAUGAUAUUUUAUUCAUAUGCACACAUCCUGAGGAUAUGUGUAUUUACAUUGAGCAACUCCAAGGUCAAAGCUCUCCGAACCUGUACCCCCCACUUACUUGCAGUAAUCAUCUACACUAUCGGGUGCAUUAUUGAAAUUGCACAAAGUCGAUUUAAUAUUAGUCACCUGCCUUACCCAGCCAAGUUGUUUUUAUCUAUAUACUUUUUAAUAUGCCCGCCCAUUCUCAAUCCAGCUAUCUAUGGUUUGAGUAUUCAACUCAUAAGGGGAAAACUGUUCAGGCUUUUCAGGAGAAAAAGCAGGCAAGUAACAAAUAAUGUAGCCAAGAGGGCAGUUGUUGCUGCACAUUCAAAGAGCACGGUGCCGUGAAGACUGAUGCCUCUGGAAGCACAUGACAUACAGAAUCUCCCAUCUCUCCAUGUUGUUUAAUUACAUUUGCUUUCUCAUUUACUAUAAUACAACCAGACCAGCCAGCACUGAGAAAAACAUCUGCAGUGUUGAAUUCAUUUCAUGCCAUGUGGAAGCAUUAGCAGGCAGAGGCUCCAGCUUUGUGCAUACAAUGUAGUGAGUUUCUGACAGUUUGUCUGUGCCUCCCUGGACACUAGAUUAUAAUGCAGGAAUGCUGUUGAGAUAGGUUUUUCAAUGUUCACCCCUAUGUCUUUCACACUUUGUGCUGCCUGUUCUGGCAAACUUUACUAUGAUCACCGCUUGUUUUAAUUAUACUGGUGCAUCCAAUGUUUUCAGUUGUAUAAAUGCAAAACAAUUUUAUUGUUUUAAAUAUUACAUUUAAAGUAUGUGUUUUGAGUGUUUUGUGUAUGUUAUCCUCCUUGACUGUUGUCAGGCUUUAUAUGUACUCUUUUUGACCUUCCUCUUCAGUUAACAGUCUUACUGCCAAGAUGAGCUAAGAAUCUGCAUGCACUUUGAGUAAAAUAAGUUGGUUUUGGCUAUGACUGAAAGCUUGUAUAUGUAAUUUAAGUGAGCAUGAAGAUUCUAGUGGGCAAGUGAAGCGCUUUUUUGUAUCAUGUGCUACAAUUAAUAAAGCAUAAAUAUUCCAGUCACUCUUUGAGAUUUUCCCAUCAUCAUUGCAUUUUUCUGUUUACCUCCUCUGGUUGUUUUAUUAAGAUAUUAAUAAGUAUUAAGGAAUUCAUUAAAAAAGCAUUUAAUGAGGAUUUCUUGAUAUGAACCAAACAUCUGAAUUUGUGUAUCACAUGUGAAAUGUGAAAACAUUUACUCAAAGGGAAAAAAGAGAUUAAGAUUAUGUGACUAAUGUAAUCGGUUACUCACAAUUUAAAUAAUAACCAUCCUCACAAUAACGAACAAACAUUUAUGUGCCCAAUCCUAACUGCUUAUAAAUACAUUAAUAUGACUGUACAUUAGUUGUGUUGUCGUUUUAUUUGUGGAACCUCUUCUACUAUAUUUUAAAGAGGGUGCAAAUCUUCCCCUUUAGCACAAUUAUUUAAUUAUUUCUUGCUCAUACAGGACAGCUGGUCAAGAAUAUGAAUCUAAAAGCCGACUGAGGUCAAUGCGGAAGAAGUCUGGCCUUACAAUGUACCAUUAUGUACAAUAUAUAUCACAAGUCAUUAGUGUGGUAGACUGUGGCUGUAAUUGGUUAAUUCAAUGUGCUCUAUGUGCUGUAUUUAUUUGUGUAGUGCC